UGCAUGUCAUUGUUCAAAAAAUCAUCCAAAAAGAAUCGGAGUUUACGCAAACAUUUGGAUGUUGACCCAGGAAACGAUGGUGAAGAAGAUAUGGAAAUAACGCGUAGAUUGGAAGGCGUGAAGGAGUUACAAGAAAGUCGUGAACGCAAAAAUGGUUUAAAUGCUGUGGAAUGUGCGCUAGGUAAAGAGCUUGCAGCAGAAUUUAUAGCUAUGGAUGAUGAUCCAUUUCGGCAACGAGGAGGAGGCAUGCUCAAACUUUCUGAAGGACGUCAAGCUCAGAUGCAUGCAGCUGAUAUUGAAGCUGGUAUACGUGAUCAGUUCAAAAAGGAAAGCUUUUUGAGGGAUGAACACGAGGAAAUGAAAAAAAAGAUUAUGUUACAGAACUUUAACAAUUGCAUCCCAUCUAAAGUUCCUAGUGUAGAUGAUAUUUUGAUGUGGAAAGCGGCUGAAAAAGUUCGAUUAUUCAGAAGUGAACGUAAUGAUGAGCUGUUAUCCAAUCAAAUGCUUGCUGGAAUCCCUGAAGUAGAUUUGGGCAUUAACGCUCGAAUGAGUAAUAUUAUCGAGACAGAGAAGAAGAAAAGUGAGAUGUUAAAAGAAGUAAUAGAGAAAAGACGGAAUCUUGCUGAAGAUAGCAUGUUUAGUCAGGAUCGUGCUAAAGAUUUAGCAAAAGAUUACGUGCAGCACUCUAUUUGUAAGAAAUUGCUGGCCUGUCUUUCGAAUUAA